AUGGAAAGAUGGCAUUUGAUUUUUGUUGUGAUUUUGCAAGUGUCUGCAAGUGUCGUGGUCGAGAUAAAUCGCGCAUGUUGUGCGGAAGACACGAAAUUUAUGCUGCUCGAGGGCGAAGCGACAUGCGUGAAUCGCAGUAGUGAUGCCGCGGCGCUUUAUUAUGCAUUGGACAUCAAUUGUACGUCGCCAGCGGAGACAGUUGUGGUGCGAAACGUGACCGAAAUAGACGACCUUGACAGUCUGGCGGAUUAUUGUUACGUCGAUGGCGUGGAUAACAAUCAAACGGGCAACGACUCGUACUUUAUUGGAUAUUGCCAAGCCCCCGAAUGGUACUCGAGGAUCGAUAAUUGUCUCGUACCGGCUUCAAUUGUUGCGUUAAUUGCCGUUUUUGUCGUUUAUGUGCGGAUUAAGACGCUGCGACAACCGGAAGAUGUCGCUUUUCUCAUCUUUAUCUUACUUUUGAUCCUGUUUUUGACCUUGGAAACCGUUUUAGAGUUCAUCCGGGAGUUUAUUCACGAUGCCUCGAUUCUGCUCGGAAUGAUGUUCGUCAAAUAUUACGCAAGUUUGGGCUCCUUCGUGUGGAUUAACGUCGUUUUUGUGUGUCAACUAAGGAAAAAUAUUGCCUCGCAGAAUCCUCCGUCGACAGCAACGCUCGUGUGGUAUCAUUUGUGUGCCUGGUCAACGCCAAUCCUGUCACUGUCAGUUCCUUAUGCCCUCGGACCAGAUUGGUUCUAUUACGAGUACAUGUAUUUGGUGACAUUGUGGAUUAUUAGUUGCAUCUUGUUGAUUUUUGUCGUGUAUUUUGCAUUUAAGUAUCAGUAUGGGAUUGGAGCGCGCAGACAAAAAGUCUUGAGAUACAGAUCAAUUUUAUACCUGAAACUCUUCCUCGUAUCUGAGUUCAUUUGGAUGUUCCAUUCCAUCUACGCACUUUUGCCAUUCACCAUCGCCAAUUAUCGCGAAACCAAAAUCAUCUUUACCAUCAUCGACUGCAUCUACGCCCUGCAAGGCAUCUACAUCUUCCUCGUCAUGGUCUCAUCGCGACUCCAUGUGAAGAAAUCUUUAGGCGGCACAAAGUGGUGUUGCUGGUUCCUGCCUCCGAAAUGGUCGGAAAUCGAUGACGCAGCCGAUGUCGAGCCUCCAACGAACGACGCGCGUCGAAAUAGUGUCGGCAUGUCCAUUUAUUAUACAUGA